AUGUCAAGACCUCAGGAGGAGGAAGAGCAGCAGCAGCAGCAGCAGCAGCAGCAGCAGUUUGCUGCUGCUGCUGCUGCUGCUGUCUGCCCCGAUGCUACAGCUGAGUGGCACAUAUCAUCACCCCCCUCAAUAAAGGCAGCAAUCCGACAGCGUAUACGCAGCAGCAACAGCAGCAGCAGCAGCAGCAGCAGCAACAGCAGCAGCAGCAGCAGCAACAGCUGCUGCUGCGGGAAUGCUGCUGCUGCUGGUUUCUCUCCUCAUAAGCCUGGCGAUUGCAUCGCCUGCAGCAAAAUGGAUAGAGUCAGUAAACGUCUGUUUGCGUCAGCAGCAGAAACAGCAACAGCAGCAGCAGCAGCAGCAGCAGCAACAGCAGCAACAGCAGCAGCAGCAGCAGAUGGCAAAGCAGGACUUGUACAGUCGCGUGUGCUUCCUCUUCCUCGCUCUCAAUCCCAGCAGCAGCAGCAGCAGCAGCAGCAGCAGCUGCAGCAGCAGCAGCAGCAGCAGCAGCAGCGUGUGUUGCUGAUGUUUGGUUGUAUAUUUAAUAUUUUUCGUUUAUGUUUUUAUCGUUUGCUUCGGUUUCUUCAUAUCUGCUGCUUGCUGCUGACGCCGCUGCUGCUGCUGCUGCUGCUGCUGGGCCCCACCCUCUUUGCUUCUCUCCCCCUCACUAUAAGGAGACUAUCUGUCUUUGUGUUUCCGGGUUUGCGUGUAUUUACACCAUCUAUUUCUCCUCUAUAUGAACACUCUGCUGCUGCUGCUGCUGCUGCUGCUGCUGCUGCUGCUGCUGCUGGUGCUGCUGGUGGUGGGGAUGCUGCUGCUGGAGAUUCUGCUGCUGCUGCUGCUGGGUUCGAUAUACUCGCGCUGCUGCAGUCCUUUACCCCAUUCGCCCAGCAGCAGCAGCAGCAGCAGCAGCAGCAGCAGCAGCAGCAGCAGGGGGAGGGUGUGUCAGAUGUAUGCAUGCAACUGCAGCAGGAUUUCUCUCUAUCCUCUCCCUCCUCAUCCUCAGCAGCAGCAGCAACACCAGCAGCAUCAGCAGCAGCAGCAGCAGCAGCAGCAGCAGGAGCAGCAGCAGCAGCAGCAGCAGGAUGCGCAGAUCCAUCAAUAGAGAAGAUAAAGGAGACAUAUAAAGACUUACUAAUACCACCUCUUGCUGCUCCUGCUGCUGCACUGCAGCACAAAGAAGAAUAUAAAAAAAAAAUAGAGGAAGUAGCAGCAAAUGUAUAUUUUGUUUCGGGGUAUGGUCUCGCCAAUUGUAUUCUAAUAAAAACUACAAAAGGUUUAGUUGUUAUAGACACCACAGAAAACCCAAACACCAUGAAACAAAUAUAUGCAGACUGGAAACAAAUAUAUAAAAAAAAAAAAAAAAUGCAGCAGCAGCAGCAGCAGCAGCAAGAGCAGCAGCAGAAGAGGAUCCUCUUAAUCAUCAAGAGCAACAGCAACAACAACAACAACAGCAGCAGCACCACCACCAACAGCAGCAGCAGGAGCAGCAGCAGCAGCAGCAGGAGCAGCAGCAGCAGCAGCAGCAGCAGCAGCAGCAGGAGGAGGAAGAAGAUGAGGAUGACAUGA